AUCAUAUGUAUUAAAUGCGACUAUAGCAACAUCAGAAAAAUACGAAAUACGUUCAAAUUAUUACUUCAAAUUUCAGUUCAUAUAUCACUUUUUCAUACUGGCAUCCAAUUUUGAUGGGUAAAUUCUGAAUUGAUGGCUUCAUCUUUCAAAAAUCGAACAACUUCAGCACCUAAUCGUAUGGCCGAGCAGAUGUCAAGUCAAUAUCAUACGAAAUGUGUCGCAAAUCCUAAUGCUUUGCCUCACAAAAGAGUGAAGUCGGCAGAGCCUACAAACUCGCUAGAAUCAUACGAUCAAUCUCAAAAGCAUUGCCUAGUUACCCAGGACGAAAUAUGGAAAAGUUCUUGUGAUAAGGAAAAAAUUCAACAAACGAAAUGGGAGAAGCAUUGGGGAUUUCUUACACACUACGACCAAAAGGGAAAUCCAAAGGAACCAAAACACUUCAGGAGCGAUGCUAAUUCUCCGUACUCUGAGACAGUGCCAAAUACGUCCAAUGGCCACUAUGGUUUGCGUUCUCGUUCACGAAAUACAAACUACAUACAGAGACUGGAGAGGAGUGGACAUAAUCUUAGGAAGAAUAAAGAGUUGUUAUAUUAUGACUGAAUACGAGAGAGUCUGGAAUUCUUUUCAACAUACCUUGUAAAUAAAUAGUAAUGGCAAUAAUUGUAAAUGUAAAGAAAUAAAAUUCGACUAUAUUUAGAGAGGAAUUUUAUGUAUAUAUAUCUCAGUCAGUCAGCCUUGGAAUUC